CCACGCACACAGGUAGAUUCACAAAUAGACUCUAAAUGACUCAGCCACAGUGAAAUCAGCACUGUGAGGGCCAACAUGUCUAUAGAUGGGACUAAGUUAUUGUUUGAGGGCUUCCUGCAGAAAAGAAAAGAUACAAUGAAAAUAAGAUGGGUGACGUAUUGGUUCAGACUUCAAAAUACAACUUUGUUCUUCUACACAAAGAAGAAUGGCAGCGCUUCACAUUUGAGAGGCAAUUACUACAUUUACACAGUGCAGUCAGUGCGAGAGGUUCAGAAAGCUGACAGCAAGCGAUUUAUGUUUGAGAUCAUCAUGACCAAUGGAAAAAGAAAACUGUUGGCAGCAGAGACAGCAGCUCUCAGACAGGAGUGGGUAGGACAUCUAUGGCAAGCCAUGCAUCUUUCUGCCUCUGGGAUCUUUGAGCCCAGAAGCACUCACUUUGAAGUGCAUGAGCAGCUUGAGAGAAUAAAUAGCAGCGCACCCACCUGCUCACACAGCAACAGUGUGAUGGAGUUGGGUCCAUAUCGACCCCUCUCUGCCCCAACAGGCCACAUCCAGGAUGAGACCAGGAUCAUUGCCUCCCCCGUCUACCAGACUGAGGAGCUGAACAGUGAGGAGACCAUGUACCAAACCACACUGCCAGUCUAUACCUGCUGGCAUCACAAGAGUGAUAGUCUCAGCAGUUGUCAGUGGUCUUCUGGGUUGAGCAAUGCAGAGGGACAAGAAGGAGACUAUGAUGUUUUACCAGUUAGACAAAGCCAGAUCCAGGAUGAGACCAGGAUCAUCGCCUCCCCCGUCUACCAGACUGAGGAGCUGAACAGUGAGGAGACCAUGUACCAAACCACACUGCCAGUCUAUACCUGCUGGCAUCACAAGAGUGAUAGUCUCAGCAGUUGUCAGUGGUCUUCUGGGUUGAGCAAUGCAGAGGGACAAGAAGGAGACUAUGAUGUUUUACCAGUUAGACAAAGCCAGAUCCAGGAUGAGACCAGGAUCAUCGCCUCCCCCGUCUACCAGACUGAGGAGCUGAACAGUGAGGAGACCAUGUACCAAACCACACUGCCAGUCUAUACCUGCUGGCAUCACAAGAGUGAUAGUCUCAGCAGUUGUCAGUGGUCUUCUGGGUUGAGCAAUGCAGAGGGACAAGAAGGAGACUAUGAUGUUUUACCAGUUGGACAAAAGAUAUGUGAAAUCAAUGCUUCAACUGAGAUGGAUGAGGACAUGUAUGAUGUUCCUCUGUCUUACAGGAGGGCUCCUGAGCAUCCAGACCGCACAGACAGCAUCUAUGAUGUACCAUGCUCUCUUUUGAGGACGAUGUCUGAUCACACUGAAGCUCAGGAGAGCAGCUGGACGGACUCUGCUGGAGGACAUGAGGUCCAGUUUGAGGACACAUGUCACAUGACACAUGACAGACUGGAGCAGCAGACCCCAGUGAUUCACCAGGCACAAAUACCGAAGACUGUAUCUGCCUCACAUCUGUAGCUUUGUGCUUAACUCUCUUACACGUUUAUGAGAAACAAAUGGUAUUUAUAGAACAAGUGUAAAUAAUGGCUGUCAUCUUUGAGAAACUUUUGUGUGCUAGACAACAUGUGCGUCCGCAACAAAAAGGUUCAACUGUGGUAUUUAUUACAGCUCCUAUACAAGACUGAAAACCCCAUAGACAUUUAUAACUAGAGGGAGCACGCUGUACAGGAAUAUCUACACACUGUGGGUCAGUCAAACUAUGGUUCACAAUAGUAAAAUGACUCAUUUACAUGUCACCUGCUUCACAGUUUGAAAGUAUACACCAAGUUGAUAUUGCUGUAUUACACACUUUGGACUGGUUUGAAUGGGAAUGGUUUGAGCUUGGUUCUAAAACCCUUUAUGGGUUUAAUAGGAAAUAAAAACGUUUUGCAGGUACACAAUGAAAGGAAAAUUGCUAACAUUUACUGUGUGCACUUUUAUAUACCAUCUACUUUUGUUUUACAUUUUAAUUUCUUACAC